AUUCGAGUCAAGUACGUUAUCAAUUAGUGAAUGUACGGAUAGUGUUAGUAUAUAAGUGGCACCGGCAAAAUGGCAAAUCAGUAUUCUCCAAUCUUCAGUUCCACAUUCAAGUACCUGAGUAGAAUUAGCCAGAAUGAUUGCUCAAGUGGUCUUUAUUGGUAGCCUGAUGGCUGUGGCGAACGCAGGACUUCUCCACCACGGUAUUGGAGGAGGCGUUGGAGGUGGUCUUGGAGGCGGUGUGGGUGGUGGAGUAGGAGGUGGAUAUGGACAUGGCCAUGUUGUUGACCUAUACGCUCCACCUCACUAUGAAUACAAAUAUGCUGUUCACGAUCCUCACACCCACGACGUUAAGGAACAAGCUGAAUCGAGGGUAGGAGACAAGACUAAGAGCGAAUUGGCUUGGGGAGAACAUGACAGGCAUGCGGAAGUCCACAGGUUGAUCCACAACACUGGCACUUUGGUCCUGCAUGGACACCAUGGACACGGAUAUGGAAAGUGAAGUAAAUGCUGUUAUUCGUUAAGUUGAUGUGAUUGUAUCUGUUGUAUAUUUUGUAUGUUGUUAUCUACUCGAUUCUUGUAAUAAAAUAUGAAG